CAACCCAACCCAUCAAAACAACAACAGGAAGGAAGAAAGCAAGCGGAAGAAAGGAGGGGACGCUAAGGUUAUUAAGGAAGCUUAAUCACUAAUAUAAUAAUUAAAAUGGCAGAGAUGAUCGACAGCCUAGCUUCUGAAAUCGAUGCUAAAAUAAACAUUUCACCUCCUGUAGACUUUGGUCCUGGAUAUGAGCCGAAAACCUCUGAGCCAAUUGCUCGCCCUUUGAGUAACAUGGAUGAAGUAUUGCUAUGGAAACCCGGUGAAGAUGAAUUCAAUGUUGCGAGUGAGGUUCUAGCCAGACGAACUGAAUCAAGUGUGCCGAAACCAAAGACAUUGGUAUGCCACGAUAUGAUGGGUGGAUAUGUAGAUGACAGGUUUGUUCAAGGAGUAGCUAAGAAUGAUUGCUACCGCUUCUACCAUUGGCAAUAUAUUGACAUAUUCAUGUACUUCAGUCACCAUUUUCUGACCAUCCCUCCGGCGCCCUGGACCAAUGCAGCCCACAAGAACGGCACCCUAAUGCUUGGCACUUUCAUUACUGAAUGGAAGGAUGGGGCAGAGCGAUGCAAGCAAGUCUUGGCAAGUGAGGACGCUUAUAAGUGUUUUGCUGACAAGAUGGUGGCAUUAGCUAAGUAUUACAGAUUUGACGGAUGGCUAAUCAAUGUUGAAAACCAAAUAGAGCCAGAACAGAUGCCCUAUCUGGUAGAAUUUGUGGAAUAUCUGACCUCUGAGAUGCACAAACUUGACCCUGUGUCACAGGUCAUCUGGUAUGACAGUGUCAUCCAAACAGGCAAGCUCAAGUGGCAAGAUAUGCUGAACGACAAUAACAGAUUGUUUUUUGAUCGUUGUGAUGGCAUUUUCUUGAAUUAUAAUUGGAACGAGCAGAAGUUGAAGGAUUCAUUGCAGAUGGCUGGUGACCGCAAGUACGACGUUUACGUUGGAGUUGACAUAUUCGGUAGAGGCUGUUUCGGCGGAGGUGGCUGGAACACAUACAAGGCUAUGGAAGUGAUCAGGAAGGUUGAUUUAUCUGCAGCGAUCUUUGCUCCAGGCUGGGUGUUUGAAAAACAUGGAGCAACUAAGUUCAUACCCAAUGAAAACAGGUUCUGGUCUUUAAUAGAGUCUUACCUACAUUCCCAUGGUGUUGUGUCUCUCCCAUUAUGUUCUAAUUUCUGCCAAGGAUAUGGAGUUCAUGGCUUCAGCAAUGGAAAGAAAGUAAUGACGAAAAAGUGGUGCAACUUGAGUGCUCAGCAAAUCCAGCCAUCAUUCAGUAACAAACAGUUUGAAGAUGGGGCUAAACAGAAGAUGGAUCGGCUGGUAACUGACGGUUACAGCGGUGGUGGUUGCUUGUCCUUUGAUGGUAGUUUAGAGGCUGGGAAAACGCACAUAUUCAAGGUUUUGCAGACAGGUAUUGAAUGGAAAGACUUCUUAUUGAUUGCCUACUCUGUAAAAACAUCAAGUCAAAUGAAAAUAGAGUUGUAUUUACAGACAGCUGAACCAGAUGGACAGAUUGUACUCACAGAUACUGAAGAUAUAUCAAAAGCAGAGAAGCAAAAUGUAACGGACUAUGGACUCCAUGAGUCUGAGAAACUUGCCGAUAUGCCAGCUGCUGUUUUCGCACCUCUGGGGGGCGCUAGUCUUACUGUAUUGAAGGAAAUGUCUGGCAACAUUCCCGAAAGUAAUGGAUGGGUGACCAGGUAUUAUUUACUGAGUAAGACUGCUUUUGACUGUGCACCAAAGAUUACUGAAAUUGGUUUGAAAUGUUCAAGCUUAGACGUCCCUGUUAUUUACAAUGUUCUCCUAGGUCAAAUAAAGAUAUUGGACCCUGCUGAGUUGAAGGAAUCUACAACUCAGGUCACAGAUUUGACCUGUCAGGACAUCACAUGGUCUCCUCCGAUCAUCUCUCCAAAAUCAUUCGAAGGACUCGUGUCGAUUUGCAUCACAAUCAAGUGGAAGUACGCCAUCAGCGCCUCUCACUUUGACGUAUUUGUCAAAGGCGUGACGCGCAGUCCAAAUGAGAACAUGGAGCUGUCCGUGUACGAGCCGGUGUUCGUUGGACGAUCCCAUUCUAAGCAAUUCCGUAUAUGCCAUUUGCUAGUCCCUCAGAAGUCGGAGCAGCAUACCCUAGAAAUAAUGGUACUACCCACCAACAAGGCAGGGUUCCAGGCCCCAUGGGCAAGUGUUGCGUCAGUCAAAGUAAAAUAUUCUUAACUGUUGUGUGAGAGUACAUAGGGUUUAUAUAAUUUCAGUGUGUUAGUAAAUAUUUUUCAUUUCAUUUUUAUUUAUUUAGUUGUAUUAAGUCAUGAAAAAAAUUCAUAGAUUUUCUCAGAAUUUUGACCCUGUGAUUGUAAAGACGAGUAUCUCUAUCACAACUAUUUGUAAGAGAAUGCAAAGGGUUUUAAAUAAUUUAAGUAUGUCAAGACUUUUAUUUCAUAAUAUUUAUUUAGUUAUGUUUAGUUGUGAGAAAAACUUUUGGGAGUUUCACUUGAUGUUGGCCCUCUAGGAUUGGUAGACAAUCACCUAAACAACAGGGGCUUUAUUUAACAGUCAAAUAGACAAGGGUCCAUAAUUUUUUCUGGCUUUAAUCUUUAUGUUGUUAAUUUCAACUUGUGGGUGCCAUAUUUAUUUGUAAUGCUUUUCUGUCAAGAAUUAUCUUUAAAACAAGGUCAGGUGGCUUCUUCUUGUUUUUGCUUGAGCCUCCAAAAAAGAAUAAGCUUACCGAUAAAACCGAUAAUAUCGUAUCCAUUCUAGGAAUUAAAACAUUAGAAGCUUGUUAACAUCUUAUUGGUUAGAUGUGAUUGAUUUGUUCUGUACUAAAUCUAUGACAGUAGAAAAAACUAUUGUAAGACCCUAAAGAAAAAAGUUAUUAUAUAAAUUAGAUAUAUAAAUCAAGUUUUAAAUUCUUAAUGUAAUUUCUCUUGCAUAUUUGCAAAUGGCAUCACAUAUUUUAAUGCAGGAGCUUGAAAAUCAUAUAGUAAAGUGAUAAGUGAUUUUUUUUUCAAGUAGAUAAAGUUUGCUGUCUCUCAACAUUUUAGGACAAUCUGCCAACUAGAUUCAUAUAUAUAUUCACCAUAUUUGGACAGAGUGACCAUAUUUGGACACACUGACAAUAUUUGGGGAGGCUGACCCCUUUGGUAAAGCUGAUUUUCAUGGUGCGAUUCAGUAUUUUAACUCUGUAUUCAGGCACAUUCAGGAAUUUAUUUAUAGCACUGAAAAUAGAACAUUGUUGUAGAAUAUAAUUAUGUUUACGAAAAUUGGUACUGUAUCACCAUAUAUUACUGAUGCAGUGAUGCAAAUUAUCUCUCA